GUCCUGGGUAAACCUGUACUGCGUCCUGAGCAGAGGGGACCUGGGCUUCUAUAAGGAUGCCAAGGGGCAGGCGUCGGGCAGCACCCACGGUGGGGAGCCACUGGUCCCCCUGCACCAGGCCACCAGCCAGGUGGCCAGUGACUACAAGAAGAAGAAGAACGUCUUCAAGCUCAAGACCGGUGACGGGAACGAGUUCCUGCUGCAGGCCAAGGACGAGGAGGAGAUGAAGAACUGGCUCCAGGCGCUGGCUGCCUCCGCCGAGGAGCAUGCCGAGAUCGCCCGCUGGAGCCAGGCGCUGCUCACCACCUCCUCCACCGACGAGGGCAACCCGCGGCGGGAGAGCGACCGGCGGGCCAGCACGUCCGGCAGGAAGAAGUGAGGCGGGCGGGGCAGAGUGCCGGGGGCUGAGAGCGGACCCACGCCGCCCCACGGUCUGCAGCCUCCCUCCGAGCCAGCCCCUCCGUCUGCGCCCGUCCCGGACAGCCCCUGGACAUGGGUGCCCUCGCACGCCCGCUGCAGGAAGCUGCGCCCGGGGAGAGGAGGGCCCCAAAACACACUCUGUUUGCAUUCGGUGCCCGGAGGAGCCCAGCCCGUGUCAGCGGGAGCCGCCGGCCGGCCCAGCUCCUCACCACGGGAUGAUAUAUGCAAACCCGGCACCGUGUGGGGCUGGGAGGGGAAAUCCACCGGACUCAGAGACUCUGCGCAGUGGGGAAGGGCCUGGCCCACUUCAUUUCAUCCCCUGGGGGGCAUGCAGGAACCUCCCCCUCUCCCUGCGUGGGGCGGGGCCCAGAGAGGGGCGGGCAGUUCUGGUCCCUCCCCGGGCUGCGGGGGAGGGGUGCUUUUCGGGCAGAUGCUCCCAGGGGGUUCAGCAUUUUGGGUAAUUCACAUAAGGGAACCGGGCACCUGGCCCUCGCUGAGCCUGCUAUGAACGUGGGCCCGUCGCACGGGGGCUGGGUUCUGAGCACACUCAGCGCUGCGUUUCCACGGCUCUCGGCCCGUUCACCUUUGGCAGGCCAUGCGUAGCCAGCUCGCACCCGAGCCCGAGGCGGGACGAGAUGGAAACGGGUGGGGGUGGUGCUGGCUGGGAUGAGGAGAGUCUGCUGCAGCCAGUGGGGCUCCUGUUUACACCGGCUCUGGAUUUGGCCCACGCCUUGGGAUUGGGGGAGGGAAGGGGGCAGGGCUGGGGCUGGCCUUCGGGUCCAUAUAAUGGUGUGCUGGCCCCUUAAGGCCCAGCCUAGGCCCCCACGCCCCCGGCCCAGGCUGGGCCAGCCAGGGAUCGUGGGGAAGGGGACUGAGUUCGAGGUUGGGUUGUUCCUGGCUGGCCCAGCCUGUGCCAGGACCAGCGUGCUCUGGCCUGUUGCUGGCAGGCAGCUCUCGGUUCUGCCACCACCUCACCUCCCUCUCCUUGGCAGCGCCCGCGACUCUGGAUGGGGCAGGCGUUUGGAGAGGGCAUCCUGCCUCCCUGGCCUGGUCUGUCUCGCUGCAGCCCCGCGCUUGGCAUCUCGUGCCCUGGGGGAGCAGGCUCUCCUGACGCCCGCAGAGCCCCUGGCCCUGACGCCGCCGAAGGGUAUCUGAGACUCGCCCCCAGCAAGCCCCUGGUUCCACCUCCCACUCGUGCAUCCCUUUGCACGCCAGCACUCGUGCACACAUGUCCAUGCACGCUCACGUUCCUGUAUCCUGGGCCUGCUGUUCCCACCUCUGCCGUGUGGGUCAGAACGGCAUCGGCAGCGCUUGGCCGGAUCCCCCAACUUCUCCUGCGGAGCCAGGGGCCCGAGGGCUGGGAGCUGGGCCCUGCUGCCCAACCAGGACCCGCUGCGCUCGCUGCUGCCAUGGGCAGGGGCUGGCCGCUGGAGCGUUUGCACAGCCAAGGGUGGAGCUGCUGGGCCCAGGCCGCUGUACCCCACAGGGCCUGUUCAGCCAUCUGCCCCCAAGCCCACCCCGCACGUGUUGGGUUUGUGCCUAUGCCCGUGCCAGGCUCGCCCAGCCCCCAUGGAGGAGCCGUCCCUGGCCCCUCUCCAUGUGUCCCCCCCCCAGGAGCCCUCCCCCGGUGCCUUCAGGCCACAGGAGAUCCUGUCCCCGGGGUAGGCAGCAGCCCCCCAGCCCCUGCCCCUUCAAACCCUAGGAGCUCGGGACCGGCCCUUACCUUGGCCCAGGCGAGAGUUCAGGGGUCCCAGCUGCUGUGGGCUUGGCUCCGGUGCCGACUUCUCCCUCCCCAGUGCCAUUAACAAGCCAUAGUGCUGGCUCUGCACGUGUGUGAGCGGCCUGGCCCCCAGCCUCCAGCCCGCCUGGCAUAGGGGCCCAGCGGGAAGAGCCGGGGGGUGAGGGGCUCCUCCCACGUCACACGAGGGGCACGUCUUUAUGCAAUAAACGGGCAGGGGGGAGGCUCUGGGGCAGGGGGCAGCGGGUUCUUGGCCAAAGCAGCCCCUGCCCGACCCUCCCCUGCCUGGCCGCAGUCCCUCGCAGCAGUGCAGAGCCGGGCUGGGGCCCUGGGAGUGACUGGUCAGGGGAUCAGGCCCGUGGGCCGAUUGCUUCAGGGUUCGGGGCCCUGGAGAGCCAAGCGCCAGGAAUGGCUCCAAGGAGCGGCCCCUGCUGGUUGCAGUGCUGUGGCGAGAGCCCAGAUGGACGCUGACCAGACGCUCCGUUGGGAAUUGCCCCAGCUGUAGCCAAAGCCGCCUCGCCGGGUUCCCGGCCUUUGGCACGUAGCCUGGGGCAGGGGCCAAAAGAACUAGACAUGGAUUGGGCCGGACCCCGGCUGGCGUCGAUCCCAGGGGUGCUGGCCACGAGACGGGUGUGGAACCAGCGUUUCCUCUCUCGGGUGGCGCCUGCCGCCGUCUCUGGGGCUGGUUCUUCAGGCAGCGCAGAGCCGGGGGCCCUCGGAUCCGGGGGCCCAGUUCGCCAUGGCCCUGGGCUGCCGGUGGGGAGCGUUUCCCACCCACUCCCCAAGCGUUCCCCAGGCACCGUGCAAA